GGGACGGCCCGGCGGCUGGCGCUGCUGAUUGGCCGCGGUGGGCCUGACGCGAACUCCGGCUAUAAGAGGGGCGCCGUGCUGGCCACUGUGCCCGGGGUUUUCUGCUUCAACAGUGCUUGGUGGGAACCGGCGCUGGCUCCCAGCCUUCCCGAGCCCGCCUCUCCGAGCAUAGCCCUCCGCCAGCUCCUCACACCACAGCCGCCGCCAUGACCACCACCGCGUCCGCAUCUCAGAUGCACCAGAACUACCACCAGGACUCGGAGGCGGCCAUCAACUGCCAGAUCAACCUGGAGCUCUACCCUCCUUUCAUCUACCUGUCCAUGUCUUGCUACUUAAACGUCGAUGAUGUGGCUUUGAAGAACUUCGCCAAAUACUUCCUCCACCAAUCUCAUGAGGAGAGGGAACAUGACAAGAAGCUGCAGAACCAGCGUGGUGGCUGUAUCUACCUGCAGGAUAUCAAGAAACCAGACCGGGAUGACUGGGAGAGCAGGCUGAACGCAAUGGAGUGUGUAUUGCACUUGGAAAAGAGUGUGAAUCAGUCACUACUGGAACUGCAUAAACUGGCCACUGACAAAAAUGACUCCCAUUUGUGUGACUUCAUUGAGGCUCAUUACCUGAAUGAGCAGGUGAAAUCCAUCAAAGAACUGGGUGACCACAUAACCAACUUGCAUGAAUCUGGCAUGGCAGAAUAUCUCUUUGACAAGCACACCCUGGGACACGAUAACAAGAGCUAAGCUGACUUCCCCAAAGUCACGGAGUGACUUCACAAGUCACUGAGGCAGUGCACGCAUGUCAGGGCUACCUUUCCCUUUUCUAUAAGUCGCACCAAAACAUCUGCUUAAGUUCUUUAAUUUGUACCGUUCCUUCAAAUAAAGAAAUUUGGUACCCA